GGAUUUUGGUUAGCUUUUGAUUGAACCGCGAACAGCGAGCUCCAUCUCUCUCUCUCUUUCUUUCUUCCCAUGGACGCCAGAUGAAGGGAAGAAGAUGGCAAGGGGGUUCGAAUGGGGGAACAACCUGGGGAGGUCGAAUUGCUCCUACAAGAGAACCACCAUGAUCAUCUGCUUCAUCAAUCUCGUGGCCGGCUUAUACGUUUUACACUCCCUCUUCACUUCCUUCUACAUUGUCUCGAGGCCCACCAAGCUCUCCGCAUCUUCCUUUCGAGAUGGGUAUACUGAAGAACAGAUUAAGAUCAUGGAGGAGUCCAUUCGGAUACGUAGGGCGUCGGAGCCCACUCAACUCGUCAAAUUGGUUAAAGCAAUUAAGAAUGAAACGGUUCAAGACGAAUCUGUAUCGUAUCUACCGCGGCAUUUGAAGCAGAAGAUUGCUGAAGAAAUUCUUCAGAGCUUAAAGGAGUUCGGGGAGAACAUCAAAGACGGACGCAAUGUCAAUACGACGGAGCAACGAGACGUUCUUCAGAAGUGGCGCAAGGGAAAAGUGGAAGAAACAAAGAAAUUGGCACUUGAAGCACAAAAAAAUUCAUCUCAAGGUUCUCGCUUAUCUAAAGAAGCUGUGAUGUUAACAAGAGCUCUGGAGCUUGAUUGGACUCUUCUAUUGGAAGAUAUUGGCCUUUGGAUGCCUGCUGAAGUAAUAAACAAAGAGGAUGUUGAAAAAUUACUAAUGGAUCAAGAGCUUGAAAAUCAGAUAAUCCCUGGUAGGCCAAUUCCGCCUGAGUGCCAUGCUGAGCAGCAUACGGAUUAUGAUGGUGCUGCUGUGAGAUGGGGCCUCACUCACCACAAAGAAAGUGCAGCUGACUGUUGUCAAGCUUGUCUUGAUCAGGCUAAAAGAGCUAAGCCAGGGGAAAUGAAGUGCAAUAUAUGGGUUUAUUGUCCAUCUGAAGCUGGUUGCUAUUCUCCAGAUAUUUAUGAGCACAAGCAUCAGGAAUGUUGGCUGAAGCAGGCAGACCAACCCAAAUUGAACUUCAAAGACAAAUAUUCAGAAUCCUAUAGAAAUGCACACCCCACCGCUCCAGUAGUUGUUCCUUGGAUUUCUGGUGUUACCAGUGCAUGACAAGAUUGGUCUAUUCUUUUCUGCCAAUUCAUUUCAACCUUAGAAGCAUCUGGAAAAUGGGAACUGACACUUGUAAAGUAACUGUGAGCCUGCAAAAACAAGGAAUGUACCUUACCUGAUUCUGCGGAUGGAUGACUUUUUUUUGGCCCAUACCUAUUUUUGUAAUGAUCAGUCCAGUUAGCAGCUCAUUCUGAUCAUAUUCAUUUUGUAAGUCUCAGUAAUGCCGCACAGCAAAGAAAAAAAAUGCGAGCAUGAAGAGCUUGUUACCAAAACUUCUAUUUUCCUUUCAAUUUGAGCACUGGAAUCAGGAGGCAUAAGGCUUUCGUUGUACUUUGAUCAAUGCCAACAUGAGUGCUGAUGCUGAUCUGUCA